CAGACGGACCAUAUAUGGUCAAGGAGGGCGGUGAGGAUACAAGUUCCCUCCUCUUCUCUUGGGACUGCAGUAAAAAUGUCCUUUUACCCAUCAGCCGAAGACUAAUUUAACUACUAAAUAAGCCGAAUUAUAUAUUUACACAGCCAAAGUGUAGCGUAUAACUGCCAGACAUGCGUCUCUCCUCGUUUUUGGCCCUGUUCAGGCCUGCUUUACCCCUCAUCCUGGGGCUGUCUCUGGGGUGCAGUCUGAGCCUUUUGAUGGUGUCCUGGACCCAAGGAGACUCGGAGGAUUUCUGUGGAGAUGAGCUCGGGAAUGGCAGGGGCUUCCCGGGUGGGGGAGAGGGCCAUGGAAAUCCAAGAGAUGGAGCUGCAGAUACAGAUAUCCAGCCACGCAUAGUGCCCUAUCACAAGGACCCAAACAAGUCGCACAAGAAGGUCCUAAGAACUCGAUACAUCCACACUGAACUGGGCAUCAGAGAGCGACUCCUGGUGGGUGUGCUCACCUCUCGGGCCACCCUCAACACGCUGGCUGUGGCGGUGAACCGCACAGUUGCCCACCACUUCCACCGCACCUUUUUUUUCACAGGUCUGCGCAGCCCCAAGAUUCCUCACGGCAUGACGGUGGUGGCCCACGGAGACGAUCGCCCAGUGUGGCUGAUGUACGAGACGGUGCGCCACCUCCAUCAGCACUACGGCUCGGAAUAUGACUGGUUCCUCUUAGCCCAGGAUGACACGUACAUGCAGGCAGAUCGGCUGUCGGAGCUGGUGGGCCACCUCAGUGCAGGUCAGGACUUGUAUAUGGGCAGAGCAGAGGAGUUCAUCGGUGGUGAGGAGAAGGCACGUUACUGCCAUGGAGGCUACGGCUACCUGCUGUCCCGUAGCCUGCUAGCCCGUCUGCAGCCCCAUCUCGACACCUGCCGCAAUGACAUCCUCAGUGUGAGGCCUGAUGAGUGGCUGGGCCGCUGCAUUAUCGACUACCUGGGUAUGAGUUGUGUGGAGGUGCACCAGGAGAUGACCUACCGUUACUUUGAGCUUGGGAAAAAUGCAGACCCGGAGCGUGAAGACAGCCCAGAGUUUAAAAAUGCCUUCACGGUUCAUCCUGUGUCUGACCCGAAUCUCAUGUACCGGCUGCACAAACGCUUCAGCCACAUUGAGCUAGAAUGGACUUACCUGCAGAUCCAGCAGUUGCAGAUGCAGAUCAACAACCUGAGUGACCUGACACCAGAAGGCAAGGCUGGGGUCACAUGGCCGAUAGGAGUCAACCCCCCCUUCAAACCCAGGACCCGUUUUGAGGUCAUAAACUGGGAAUACUUCACAGAAGAGCACAUCUACUCCUGCGUCGACGGCUCCCCCAAGUGUGAGUUGAGAGGGGUCAACCGUGCCGAUGUCACUGCAAUUGUAGAGAUUGCGGUCGAACGUCUCAACGAGCGCUACCAGCCGCAGCUACGCUUCCGCAAGAGGCGCCUACUUAACGGGUACCGGCGCUUUGAUCCCACGCGUGGUAUGGAGUACAUACUGGACCUCGCGCUGGAGGCCUACACCCAGAAGGGCCACAGUCAGGUUAUUGCCAAACGAGUCAACCUGCUACGACCUCUGAGUGCAGUUGAGAUUAUCCCCAUGCCUUAUGUGACGGAGGCAACGCGGGUGCAGGUCAUCCUGCCUGUCACCGCCCAGGACCAGGACUAUGUUGGGAACUUUCUCGACAUGUAUGUGAUGAACACUCUGGACACCCAUGACAAUGUUUUACUCACAUUCUUGUUCAUUUAUGAUCCAUUUGAUGCACAGCGAGUCAGCCAGACCGAUGUGUUUGCUGGCAUCAAGGCUAUGAUCGGUGAAGUGGAGAAACGCUAUGGAGACGUAAAGAUCCCCUGGAUCAGCGUGAAGACCGAGGUGCCCUCACAGGUCAAGCUGAUGGACAUCAUCUCCAAGAAGCACCCAGUGGACACGCUGUUCUUCCUGGCCAGCGUUUGGACAGAAGUCAACGCUGACUUCCUGAACCGCUGCAGAAUGAACGCCAUCAGCAGCUGGCAGGUCUUCUUCCCCAUCCACUUCCAAGAGUUCAACCCUGCCGUCCUCUACCGCGACCAGCAGCCCUCUGCUGCCUCCUCCUCUUCCUCUUCUGCUUCUGAGUCGCUGCGAGACGGCCACUUUGACCGGCACGUCUUUGACGAGGCUUGCUUUUACAACGCAGACUACAUGACCGCACGGACCAAGAUGGCUGCCGACAUCCUGGACAACGAGGAGCUCCUGGAAAGCAUGGACGUGUACGACAUCUUUGUCCGUUACUCGGGCCUACACGUGUUCAGAGCUGUAGAGCCGGCGCUGAUUCAGAAAUACGUGCGGCGAAUGUGCAAUCCCCGCUUCAGUGAGGACAUCUACCACCGCUGCGUUCUCAGCAACCUGGAGGGUCUGGGGUCACGCUCGCAUCUAGCAAUGGCUCUGUUUGAGCAAGAGCAGGCCAACAGCACAUAGAGGACUGGACUGAAGGAUGCUGAAGGUGAUGGGUUUUUUUUUUUUUUUUAAAGUGAUACUUCUUGCAUCCACACACUGAAAUUCUCACCCCUGUACAGGGUGGAAAGAGGUCAGCAGGGGCUAAAAAAAAAGACUGUUUUGCUAGAGGACACUUCAGAAAAAUCUGUGUGUACCUUCAAAGCUGACUUGUCUAGACUUGAUGAAUUGUGAGUCAUGGAGGCGUCAUUUUGAGGAAGUGUUACUUGUAUUCCUCUUGAGCAACAAUAUUUAUAGCCUUUUUUUAAAAAAAACAAAAGAAAUCUAUGAGGUUGUGCAUUGAAGUAAUAAAUGAACAAAAGCCUUCAUUGUUAAAAAUGAAUAAGAAAAAAAAACUUGAGCCAUAAGUCUUCCUUUUGUGAGGAUGUUUUAAGUAAUACUGGAAACAAGCUGCCUUUUCUUGAAACUGUGUUCUCUUUAAGAGAUAUUAAAGAGUGAUAUUUCU